AUGUUUGAUCGCUCAGGGAAGGUGACAAGCAAAGAUGUCAAAGAUGUCAUACUCGAGAGACUCUCCGAGGAGUGCGAGGAAAAUUUUAGGCUCAGAAGAUUUAUAAAGCUGUGUAGUACACAUCCAUUCCUUUUGGAUCGCUUCUUUCGCAGCGAAGCUAAGAAGUGGGAUCUAAAAAGUCUACAUAUGCAGAAGACGUCAGGUAAAGAAGAGAUAGAAGAAAUCAAGAGGUCCAGGUAUGCUGAAUUUUACUUGGGGUUGUCAAUUAUUUGGUUCAAAGCACGAUGUGCCAGUGAUCCAAGAAACCCCAUUCAAGUACUUCUUGGUAAAGUUGGAGAAGGUGAUCAUAUAAUUGAGAAACUCGUCAAUGAGACAGAGGAGGAUUUCCGGCUCAGAAGAUUUACAGAGUCGUUUCAACAACUUCAAUUCAGUUCUCAGGAGGAUAUCGUGAAAUAUAUUUUAGAACCAAUAUUUCAUGAUCUAGGUUACCAUGGAGAGCUAAAAAAGGAGGAGAAAAAGGACGGCAUCCGGUUCUGUAGAAGGCCUCGAUUCUGCAACGGGGUGCUUGAAAUCCCGAACAUAACUCUAGAUGAUCUACGCACAGAUAUUUUCCUCAACUUUGUUGCAUUUGAGCAAUGCUACUCCCAUUGCUUAAAGCACAUAACCACUUAUGCUGCAUUGAUGAGUUGUCUCAUCAGCACGCCUGCGGAGGCAGCAUUUCUCAGAGACAAAAAUAUUAUUGAGAAUUAUCUUGGAACCGAUGAGGAGGUUGCCCAUUUCUUCAAAAACCUUGGCAAGGAUGUGCCUUUUGAUAUUGACGAAAGUUAUCUAUCUGUAGCUGCUGUCGUGCUCCUACUACUCACUGCAAUUCAGGCCUUCUUUGAUGUGUAUGAUUAUUUUAAUUCAUUGGCCUCUAGUGGAGGGGGGAGGCAUUAG